AUGACCACCGCGCCGAACGAUUUGAAGCUGUCCGAGGUACCAUCAAAGCAUGAUACCGAGCAAGCGGUUAUGGACGUCCAAGAUGGAGACCUCAAGCAGCACGAGAUCCGGGACCUUGAUCCUGCUCUCCAGUUCAUGAACGCAGAGGCGAUUGAAUAUACCCCCACCGAGGCCAAGCAUGUUUUGUCCAAGAUCGAUCGAGUCCUGAUGCCUUUGCUCUGCUGGGUGUAUUUGAUUCAGUUUGCAGACAAGACAUCCUUGAACUAUGCUUCACUCAUGGGCAUUCGGGAAGACACCAAUUUGGACCCGAACUCGCAGCAGUAUAGCUGGGUUUCGAGUAUUUUCUAUGCUGGAUACAUCUUUUGGGAAUUUCCCACCACCUAUCUGCUGCGUCGUCUGCCCUUGGGCAAAUACACAUCGGUCAACAUCCUGCUAUGGGGCAUUGCACUAGUCUGCCACGCCGUCACUCACAACUACGCAAGUUUACUGUGUGUUCGCUUCUUCUUGGGCGCAUUCGAGGCCACAGUCACGCCAGCAUUUGUCUUGUUCACAUCCUGCUGGUACAAACAAGAUGAACAAGCUAAACGCAUGGGUCUGUGGCUGAGCUGUAACGGAUUGGCUCAAUUAGUGAUUGGCCCCAUCGCCUAUGGCCUAGCCGGUGUACAAGGGACCCCUAUCGCUGUUUGGAAAAUUUUGUUUUUGGUACUGGGGUUGCCUACCGUCCUAACCGGCGUGGUGUAUCUCUGGUGCAUGCCCGACAACCAAGUCCAGGCCCGAUUCUUGAAUCACCGCGAGAAGCUUAUUGCAAUUGAUCGCAUCCGGGGCAACUUCCAAGGAAUUGGUAAUCAAACGUGGAAAUGGCCGCAAUUCUUUGAAGCAUUCCGUGAUCCCCGUACCUAUCUGUACGUGCUGUUCUCGCUACUGAUGAACAUCCCGAACGGGGGAAUCACCACUUUCGGCUCAAUCAUCAUCAGUUCCUUUGGAUUUUCGAAUCGCAUGUCCCUGAUCUUGAACAUGCCAAUGGGAGUUGUGGAUAUUGCUUGUAAGCUGGGGCUGACAUAUCUCUCCGAUCGGUUCUUUGAUCGCACUCUCUUCGCCAUAAUCGCGAUCCUGAUCCCCAUGAUCGGUGGUAUCAUGAUGAUUGUGAUCCCCCUUGAAGCCAAAGCUGGCUUGCUCAUUGGAUACUACUUUAUCGGUGCUGCUGGAACUGCCUGGUGUCUUGUUAUGGUGAUGAUCUCCAACAAUACCCUGGGAUACACCAAGAAAGCAACUGUCAAUGGCCUUCAGAUUGUGGCCUACGCAGCCGGAAAUUGGAUCGGCCCUCAAACAUUCCGAUCGACCCAGGCACCCGAGUACUUUGAUGGCAAGCUUAUGGUCGCCAUUAUGUAUGCUAUGGCAGCGGUCACCUUGGUCGCAAUUCGAGUGAUAAAUAUUAUAGAGAACAAGAGACGCGAUCGCAAGGCUAUCGAGGAGCCCGACGCUGCACAUGCUACCCCUGGGUCUGAGUUCUUGGAUUUGACUGAUUUCGAGCAGCCAGCCUUUCGUUACGUUCUCUGA